GGUGCACACUCAUUGUCUGAGAAAGUAAAACUUAAUUUUAAGUCGCAGAAUAUUGGUAAAAUUAUAUUCAGUGUUUUUUUUCCAAAUUGUUAAUAAAUAAAAAAAGACGAAUAAAACUAAACAUUUUUAAAAUCAUAUGUUUUCGAUGUUUAUUUGAACCGGUUUGUGUAACUUCGUAAAGUGAAUAUACAUAUUUGUAACACAAAGACUUGAGUUUUUCGACAAAAGAGAAAAAUUAUCAAGACUUACGAAGGCAAUAAUCGCAGCGCAACUCAUAUAGUACUAUUAUUAAUACCGCAACAAAUUUAUCAUAUUGAAAGUAAAGGACAACAGCAGCGACAAGAUGUCUGAAAUAAUUGCCGAGAAGCCGUCAACUUACAAUACAACUAAUAAUACGGCCGCCGAAUUAGCAAGGCGUCUAAUUUUUGAGUGUGGUGGUUGGACAGCGGGUAGAAAUAGCUACGACGUAACGGAUAACAAAACGAAUGAAGUGUACUUACCCCAAUGGAAGUGUGAACAAUUUACUAUGGAUGAGAAAUAUCAGCGUGAAGAUGAACGCCUGAAUUCAUUCGAAAAUUGGCCACUGGAAUGGUUGAAUAAGAGGGAAUUGGCACAAAUUGGCCUAGUCUAUACGGGCGAAGAUGAUAAAGUCAAAUGUUAUUUUUGUGAAGUCGAGAUCGGACGUUGGGAACGUGAUGAUCAACCGAUUAAUGAACAUUUACGCUUCUCACCGAAUUGCCCAUUGCUGCGACGACGCACCACCAACAAUGUGCCAAUUAGCAAUGAUACAUUGAGUCGUGUGCUACCGCCCGUUAGUUAUGAUGUGUGCGGCAAUGAAGGAUACGAAUUCGAGGCAAACGAUGUGUCUGCAGACAUUGCACCAGCACCACAGGCUCCACUGACGACAGGCGCAUACCAAUAUGACAGCAUAGCGGCCGACAAUUUGUCUAAUCAUCAUCAUGCCAAUGCGAAUAGCAGCAGCAGCAGCAGCGCUAACAGCAGUAGAUGUGGCAAUGAAGCGCAAUUGUACCGACCCGAAUAUCCUGAGUAUGCCAUCGAAGCGGCACGUUUACGUUCGUUCGCUGAAUGGCCACGCAACAUGAAGCAACGUCCAAAGAAAUUAGCUGAUGCUGGYUUCUUCUAUACCGGCACUGGUGAUCGCGUUAAGUGCUUUAGCUGUGGUUGUGGUCUCAAGGAUUGGGAUGAUGAUGACGAACCUUGGGAACAGCAUGCGCUCUGGUUACCCAAAUGCCGAUAUUUGAAUUUACUGAAAGGACAAAGUUAUAUCGAAAGCGUUGCGGCCAAAUAUAAAACGAAUAACAGUAAAUGUGCCGAUGCAGUGCCAGCGGAAGAUGAUCAGUAUUGUCCAACAUCAGAUAACAUCGUCGUACAAYCAGUAAUUGCAACAGCGGCUUUGACGCCAACGACGUCCGAARCCACGGAGGCGGCGACAACUGCUGUGAAGGCCACAACGAUGGCGGCAACAAUUGCCGAGGAGAAGCUAUGCAAGAUAUGCUAUGCCGAUGAGUAUAACACGGCGUUUUUACCCUGUGGCCAUGUGGUGGCUUGCGCCAAGUGCGCGUCGUCGGUCUCGAAAUGUCCGGUUUGCCGGAAACCCUUUACAAAUGUGAUGCGUGUGUUUUUUCCUUGAUCACCUAUAUAAACUAUUUAUUAAUGUGUAGACUUACCCGCGUUGUAAAUAAUAAUAAUAAUAAUAAUAUGCGGUAAAUCGGCCAGUUGUGGCGCUCGCAGCUUAUAAUAACUCUUUUUCUGCAACUGGCCGGUAAAGUAACAAAUAUUUAUAUAAUUAAAMACUUAUUCUUAAUUA